UAGAUUUCAAGCUGUUGUAUUCAGUGAUGGUGUCAGGACGGGAAUACUCAUGAACUAUCGUGAAGGUGAUCUUCAAUGGCAAUCAACUACAAAAGAAAUUUCAGCUCGAGUUGGAUACAACAUCAUUGAAAGUGUAUCAAAUCUAUAUGAGAGCAAUGAUGAAGGAACAAGAGAUCUUAGUUAUAGCCGGGACACACGCAUUGGAAACACUGGUCAGAUGGGUAGCUAUAUCUACCGUCUGGAUACAAACACAGCUGAUUAUAUCAAUCCUUGUGUUGGAUGUUUAACUUGGUAUGAGGAGGACCUGGCUAGUACAUACAAUUAUUCUGCUGCUUCUGUGUGUCCCUGUACAAAACCUCAGGCUGCUAGGGACAUUAACUUCAGAAAGUGUGUGUUUCCAAGGGGAAGUGAUACAGAUUUCAGUAGUUCCAGCUAUAGUUCAGUACAGUGUUACCAGUCUUCCACAGAUAUAGAUGAGGGAUACCGAUGUACAUAUAUCAGUAAUGCCCUUGUCACAGAGUACCAGAGCUUGUGGGAGUCCAGUAAUUUUGUUUCAGUUUUGAUUCCAAACAACAGAAACUCAUUGUAUGAUGAUUGGAAACGUGAUGAUGUUUUCCCAAGAGAGAUGUGUUGUAUGAUGACAUCUGGUCUACUAGGUGAAUACUAUUGUAAUCUUUAUCAAGAACGUCGUCCACAAAUUACAAGUUGUGAUGGCUACUACCCUCCUACCGCUGGUCAGGGAGAUGGUGACCCACAUUUUCAAACAAUUGAUGGGAAGGAAUACACGUUCAAUGGAUUGGGGGAGUACAUAAUACUACAGUACAAUGAUGGUAAUCCAUUUACUGUUCAGAUGCGGACAGGUAGAGCAUUCAAGAAUGGAGUACCCAUUAAUUCUGGGACAGUGUUCACUGGAGUUGCUGCAUCACAAGGACGCACAGAGAUGUCACUUAUUUUGAAUGACGAAAGAACAGCCUUGCUUUUAUCUAUCAAUGGGACUGCAGUCAAUAUUAGUACUUUACUCACAGAUGGUUAUGUUUCUUCUGACCCAACUUUCACAAUGCGCAUUGAUGAUGAAGAAGUUUCUACUGUAGAUGACCUUAGGAUCAUUGCAAUCUUCAAUCUGCCAGACUAUCCAAGCUCUGGAAUUAAUGCACGUUUUACAAAUGGAUUAUUAUCAUCACAAGUUUUUAUUGCUCGAGAGUAUGCCACUAGUGGAGCAGCAAAUGGCCUAUUAGGCUUGAUUAAUGGAGAUGCAACUGAUGAUUUCCAGUUCCAGAAUGGAACCAUUCUCAUGGACACGAUUGAGGGAAAUUUAACAGAAGAACAAAUCUUUGAAUUUGGACAAAGUUGGAUGACUACAGCAGCUGAAUCUAUUUUUGAAUACUAUGAUCGUGAUUGGGCUUAUUAUAAUGAUCCCAGCUUUGUACCUCAGUUCUUUUCAAGCCUAGAAGCGGCUGAUCCAGUAUUAGCAGAACAAGCUCGAGCAACAUGUGGCAAUAAUACAGCAUGCAUAUUUGAUACCUUGGCAGUUGAUGCCUUGCUUGGUCUUCAUACAUUGAAUUCACAAAAUUCCUUUGAAGCUGUAUUGCAUGACUUAGACAACUUUCCACCAAACAUCACAUCAGUUGUUGAGAACAGUGUAACCAAUGCCUUAGCAGAGAGUGACAUGGGUGUACUACGUGUUACUGUUGGACAACCAGUUUCUUUACAAAUUACUGCAUUGGAUCCUAAUGAGGGAGAUGUUAUACAGUUUUCAUUGGAAGGUUCUGUUCCAAAUGCAACUAUAGAUAGUGUAACUGGUGUAUUUGAAUGGACUCCUCAAAGCAUAGAAGAUUCUUCACAGAGGAUUGUAAUUGUAGCCGGAGAUUCUACGGGAGCGAAUGCAUUGCUAAUCUAUAAAGUUAAGAUUUGUGAGUGUUUCAAUGGGGGAACAUGUCAGUUCAACACAGAAGCAUCAAAUCAAGACCUCAACAACAAUGGAUUUGCUGUUGUUAUUUGUGACUGUACAGCUGGCUGGACAGGUGAUCAUUGUGAUAUAGACUUUAAUCCAUGUGAUGGUUAUUGUUAUGAUCAAGUUCUCUGCACUGAUAAUUUACCACCAUCAUUGGAUGCCAUAUGUGGACCAUGCCCAUCAUAUCUUACAGGAGAUGGUCGACAAUGUACCAAUAUUGAUGAGUGUGCAAACGCCACACUAAAUGAGUGUGAUCAGAUGUGUACUGACAAACUUGAUGGGUACGAUUGUUCAUGUAAUGAUGGCUAUAUAUUACAUCCUGAUCAACGGGGAUGCAUUGAUAUUGAUGAAUGUAGAAAUGAAACUACACAUGCAUGCAGAAACAACAGUCUUUGUAACAAUAUUAUUGGUUCAUAUGAAUGCUAUUGUGAAGAUGGAUUCUCACCAAUUACAAAUGAUAAUACAAACUGCGAAGAUAUUGAUGAGUGCAGUGACAUGAGUUCAUGUGAUCCACAGGCAACAUGCGAAAACAAUAUUGGCUCUUUCUUAUGCACAUGUAAUGAAGGUUACUUUGGAAAUGGAACGACAUGUUCAGAUGUAAAUGAGUGUCUGGACCCACUUGCCAAUGACUGUGCCAUAGAAGCGAGCUGUAUUAAUGAAGUAGGAGGCUUUUCAUGUACAUGUGAUGAUGGAUGGACUGGGAAUGGAACCUUCUGUGAUAACAUUAAUGAGUGCUCUAAUAACAUGGAUGAUUGUAGUAAUAAUGCAAUGUGUAUGGACAACCCAGGCAGCUAUGCUUGCAUCUGUAAUGAUGGCUUUAUCGGAAAUGGAAGGGAAUGCUUUGACAUCGACGAGUGUGCUAGUGGACUAGAUAACUGCACCUCGAUGGAUCAAUGUCUCAACACGAAUGGAUCGUUUGUUUGUCGGUGCUUAGAUGGCUAUGCCUUUGAUGCACAAGGGAGUGAUUGUGAAGAUAUCAAUGAAUGCAAUGAUGAUCCUGGCUGUGAUCUCAAUGCAGCAUGCAUGAAUACAGAUGGCUCAUUUAUUUGUUCAUGUGAAAAUGGAUAUGAAGGGAAUGGAACGUUCUGUCAAGAUAUAAAUGAAUGUGAUCUUGGUACUCAUAACUGUCAGCAGAUGUGUGUUAAUGAUGUUCCUGGAUUUAAUUGCACCUGUUUUGAAGGGUUCCAGUUAGAGAAUGAUGGUACAUGUCAAGGACAGUUUGUCAAAGGUUAUUGA